AUGGAUAAGUUUGGCUUGAACGGUAUAACGUCUCUUGCUAAGAUGGAAAAUGAUAAUAAGCAUAAUUUUGCCAUAGGUCAAGAUUUGAAUUUAUUAGGAUUCAACCUAAAUCAAGAGAAAAUCCUUGAAAACUUAUCAUCGCCAUGGUUAGAAACUUCAAGAUCGGAAGUUGAACCAAGCUUCAAAUUACCUAAAUCUGUUCAAUCUGGAAGUAUUAUACCUCCUCCUGAAUCAUGUGACAGUAAGAUAUCCAAUUUCAGUGAUGAAACGUUGUUUUAUAUCUUUUAUAUGAAACCAAGAGAUACUUUGCAAGAAUAUGCUGCUAGAGAAUUGGUGUCGAGAAAUUGGAGAUAUCAUAAAGAAAUUCAAGUAUGGCUUACAAAAGAUAGUAACGUAGAGCCAGUGUUGAUAAGUCCGGAAGUUGAAAAGGGGGUUUAUAUAUUUUUCGAUCCACAUAAUUGGGAGAAGAUAAAGAAAGAUUUUGUAUUACAUUAUUCAUCAGUACAAGCUUAA